GAUGGGGUGCGGGCGGCGGGCGGGAGUGUUGUGUGGGCGGCCAGUAGUGGGCUGGUCACUACACCCAUCACACGCCCACGCCCCCUCAACGAAGGAGUAGCAGAGGGCGGUCACCGGAACCAGGUACCUCAUCCGGAUGUGUGUGCAGCAGACUCCUUACACACCUCCCUCCCCCCCCUGGCUGUCAUCCACACACUAGAGAUGAGUCCCUGUGGGCGUGAGUUGGUGGUGGGCGGCCUCACGGGUGACUCUGUGGGCGUGGUGCUGUGGUGGGCGUGGCCACUGGUAAAGCAAGCUCCCCCACUGGUUGUCAUGACAGGUCACCUUGUUCACCAGCUACAGUUUAGUGCUGAGGGGAACUACCUGGGCGUCCUCUCAACUCGACAAAGCUUGGGAACAAAACCUCGAUGUGGGGACAAACUUUCUGAAUGUCUGGACAAAUCAGAUGACGAGAGAAGAACCCCAGAAGACUCCAUUAAAGUUUUUGAGAUGACGGAAAGAUCACAGACGCCUGGCAGCGGCGUAGAGAACGCUGCACAAACGAUGGAGGAGGAGGAGGAGGAGGUGAUGCUGGAAUUAUCUAUAUGGAGGUGGUCUUCAGGGUAUCUGGAGACCACCACCACCGGUGACGCUGACGAGGCUCGUCGUGAUCCCCAGCAGGUGGCAAUGACGUCACUGAGCCAGCUGAGGGCAGAGCAGGUCACCCGCAUGUCGCUGGCUCGAGGGAUACCUAGAGGAGUAGUGGCAGCCAUGUUGGCAGUGGAGGAGGAAGUGCAGGUGUGGGUUGUGGAGGGAGGUCCUCUGGGUGACCGCUUCGUCUGCCACACCGUGGGCUUCGGUUUGCUGCCUCCUGACACCGUCCACACCAUGUGGUGUCUGGCUCCUGACGCUAGCAACACGGGUGUGGUGUACGGGGUGUGGGAAGACGAGUGGGUGGCUCGAACACUCCACCAGGGACCCAGUGGCAGAGUGACGGGCGUAGCCAUCGCGCCUACCCACGCCCACGUGGCUACCACCACCCACCACCGCUACCUGCAGGUCACCCCUCUACCCCAGCCAGGUGCUUCAGAGGACAUAGAGAGAGUAACUGAAUCCGUCUGUGCGUCACCACAACCAGGUGCCCCAGUCGAGGAUGUGACUGUGGGAGGCAGCAGGAGAGUGCAGGUGCCCACAUCUCUGACUAAGGCGGAGGUGAAGGGAUCACCUUGUUGUGUUGUCUGGGCCACCUGCCAGGUGACGGGGGAAGAUGAUCUGGUGGUGGUGGGGUUGGAGGACGGCUCAGUAAACAUGUUCGUACUUCAUAUUGCUCCUAGAACCAGAGAGAAGCACCUCACUCUUGUGCAAGUGGAGCGACCCCACGAGUCAGCCAUCUUGCACAUCAGUACAUCAAAGAAAGCCAAGCCUGGAGAAGGAGGGAUAACUCCGCUACUUGUGACGGCCGGCGAGGACCGACGUGUCUUCAUCUUUCGCUUGAUAAGAGUUGGGAAAAUAACGAAACUUGAUCCCAUUGGGUUCCACCAGUUAGAUUCUGUGCCGGAAAGGAUUGAUGUAAAAGGGGAAACUAUCCAAAUAGAAAUGACUGACGGUGUGGUACUGGAAAUCCCCUGCCACCCGUGUACCAGUUCUGCCACAGCCAGGUCAGCAUCUUCCACAGCCACUCCUUCCAUCAGCUCAGCAAGGGCGUCAGGGCCGCGGGAGACAUGGGAAAGUGUGAGAGUUGUGCGUCGGCAGCUGCUUCAAGAGGCAGCCUACACCUGUUCUCACCCUCAACACAACCUCCUCCUCACUCUACCUUCACCUGACGGUGAAACUGUAAUUGGAGUAACGUGUGUUGGCCGACUGGUCCACAUUCACCAUUCCCAGAAGAACUACAGCGUCAGAGUCUCAGGCAGGAGACUAGCCAGUCCUACCUCAGACAGAACUUGUAACUGUACCCCUAGACUGCAAAACAACAUAUUACAGAAAGGUGUGAGAAGCAGGGCGGGAUUAAGACAUGGGCUUGAGGGGCUGCAGCCCAGGGUCCUCUGUCAGCUGGAGGGCCUCCAGAGGUUCUUUGUGUUGCGGAGUGUUAGCGACGACGGCACCUGGGCGGCAGCUUGGGUGGCAGGCGGCGACUUGUACCUCUACAGAGCUCGGGGAGCGUCAUUUCCGCUGCCACAGGAGACGCAGACACAGCUGCGUCACUUGGUGAGUGUGAGCACAACGGACACAGCUGCGUCACUUGGUGAGUGUGAGCACAAUAGACACAGCUGCGUCACUUGGAAUAAUAAUAAUGUUGUGGAGGGUGUGCGAGGUGUGGGUGUGAGCGGGCGGCGCCCAGCCUGGAGCAGCGAGCACAGAAGGAGGCAGCUGACCGUCGUAGGUCAGCCAUGGAGAACCAAGCGGCGCUUCUCCAGCAGAAGCUCUCCAAACUUAAGUGGGACUUCAAAAACUAACUCUAAGCUAAACUUAACACUAGACAUAAGACUGCAGCUUAAGCUUGGAAUGCUGACUUUCUAUCUCAAAAGUCUUAAACGUAAGGACUUUAGCGUUUUUGUCGGCUAUGUACAGCCGAUGAAAUUGACGGAGGCCGAACAUUGUUGGAGGAACUGCCGCUGCGCACCCCACCAUUACCUCGGCUCUUCACCACAGCACACCACCAGUAACAUGAACCAGGUGGUGGCUAGCAGCAGCAGGGAGCUGGAGCUCCUGGAGGUACUGCUCGAGAAACUUAAGACACUGUACUCGUGGAACCCCCUCGUCUCUGUCCCCUACGUACGGUUCCUCAGCUCUGAAGAGGUACUGAGUGCUGUGGACACGUCGGAGGAGGUGUUCACCCUUCUGAGCCGCCUCGCUCAGAUUCGUCAGGGCCGUGAGGACGCUGGUACAGAGGAAGGGGCGGCUUUCCAGUCACACGUCGUCAUGCAGGUACGGCAGCUGCUGGAGUACUGGUUACAGGUCAUCCGUGCAGGUAGUGGCGUUCCCAAGGAGGUCGACGAACCACAUCCCAGGGAUGGGUCAGCGGAAGGUGAUAGGCAGCAGGGUCAGGCUGGACAGCAUCAACCUACCACGGAGGGUAGACAACCUGGAGUAGCCCGCCUCACCACACCCACCUCGGCACACUCACCCCUCAGCUUCGAGGGAGACACAAGCGAGGAGGGAGAGGACGGUGAUAGCCUGGCCGCUCUCCAGACUCAGGUACGGGAGGUGGUGGAUCGCCUGGGAUCAACAGUGAGAGGCGGGACAGAUGUGACUUCUGAGUCUAAGCUGGACGUUGGUGGUGACAUCAAGUGGCGUCGUCUUGCCCUUAAGCGUCUCCAGCAGUACCGCGCCACCGAGUUGGCAAGGUCAGCCCAGCUUACAGCCUACAAGUCGGAGCACACCAUCCCCCUGCGAGAGAAUGGAGAACACGAGACAGGAGACGACCAGCGAGACCAGGAAAUCGAGGACGAGAUCACGGUGCCACCGUCCAGCAUCACCGUGGAACAGGUGGAGACUCAGCUCUGGCACCUGCUAGGCAAGGUGGAGCUGGAGGGAGGGAAGGUGAAGGUGAAGGUGCAGGAGGCUGCUGCAGCUCAGCAGCACCUGUUGCACCAGGUAAAUCAGUACCGUGCUGAGUGGGCACACCCAUCUCUCACACUCCAAAACUUGCAGCAUCACCUAGACGUCCAAGUGACAGACGGGCUGGUGAAUGAAUUCUACUGUGACGCUCUUGAACUGGAAGAGUCCGGGGAAGUGGGAAGUCCUGGCGAGGGUGUGAGACGGGGAGGUGACAGUGACGUGAGCGGCGGGGGCGGCAGCAGUGGCCAGAGAGCCACCACCAGCAGGAGGGCUAAAGUGUCUUCAGGAGCCGCCAUUCCCACCAGCAGGAAGCCUGACAGCGAGCGAAUGGUGCCACCUUUAAGUUUGUGUGGAUCACCUCGGGCUGCCAGGACAGGGAAGACCCUACAUACAACCAGAGACUCCCGCACCACCGCAUCAACCACUCCACAUACAACCAAGACCCAACGAAGUGGUCGUGGGCGGCGCAGUGUGCGUGAAACCCCCAAGCCGCCCCCUGCCCCUCGCCCCUGCCUCACCCUAAGCCAGGUCCAACAAAUCCAGCGUGCACGCACCACCUACCUCACCUUACUAACCCAGGUUCCUGAGCCACUGCAGCAGGCAGCACAGGAAGUGGAGGAUAUCCUUCACAAGUGUGAGCAACAAGUGGUGGUGGAGCGUGGGCGGCUGGCGUGGGCGGUGCUGAGGGCGGGGCAGUUGGUGCGGGCGGUGGGCGUGAGGGUGAAGUACAGGGACACGGAGAGGAAGCUGAGGGAGGCGCUGAAGGAGAGGAUUAAUGAGCAACAGGAAGUGAAACACAAGGUGGUAGCAAUUCGCCAAAGACUGGAGGAGUACGAGCGGGAACAAGAGAGUCUGACCCACCUGGAGGAGGAGGUGGACCGGGCUUUCACUUACCUGCUCACGGACAAUGCCCAGUUCGAGUCCCAGCUCACCCGCUACUAUGAGUCUUGUCCUACACCUGGCCUCGCUCGUCCUCACUCAGCAACUUCAAGCAGCGGGGAGAGUGAGGGAGGAGAGGACGGUGGGGGCGACAGCGGUGGUGACGAUGAUUCUGGCUUAGGCACUGACGAGGCCAGGAUGGAGGGGUCAGGGCCACGACCCCAGGGAUGUGACCCUGCUGUCUUCUCAUCUGUUACCCUUCUCAGGGAUCUGCGGUGGCGUGUGGCCGGAGCUAUGGAACGCAGUAGACGCGAGAAAACUCUUGAGGAGCGUCGCCACGCAGCCGUACUGCGCCGCCUGCUGCGCACCAACCAUGUUGCUCAUUCUGCCCUCACAGCACUUACCACCAUGCAGAGUGAGCGAGAGGCAGACCUAGGAGCCAUACCAUCAGUGGUGUGGCUGAGACGGAGCCAGACCAGCGGUGACCUGACCUCCGUCACACGUCUACCUAUCCCCAACACAGAGGUUGACAGUAUGGCAGCUGUGAAGUGGAUGAGUGAUGGAACUGGGUCAGAAGCCACUCUACUCACCCGGCAACACUUGCAGCAACUGGAGCAGCGAGUAGCCCAGGCCAGAGAGGCCCAGGAGCUAGCAGCUCGAAGACACAGGGAGGGUCGAGCAGAGAGGCGGGCUCUCACACAACAAGUCGAACAACUCAAGAUGGAACUCAACAGUUUGCAACACACUUACCAGGUGACUAAGGAGUGUAAGUUUGGGUUGGGAGCCGAGGCAGACAUGGGCGUCGUGCAGGAUAAGUUGGGUACCAGUCUUGAGCUGCGCUGGACGGGCAAGGUGGCCAGCCAGAUGACUCGCCAUGAUAACACCAUGUCACAGCUCCAGGCAGAUAUUACUGGAAGAAGAAAAGAGGUGCAAGCACUGCAGAAGGAAGAAGCAGCUCUGGCCGCACACAUCCUGGCACUGCGUCAGGAGAAGGAGCACUUACUGUAUCACCUCUCACAUACACCGACACAACCUACACCCACAGUACAUCAAAAGAAAGGUGUAAGCAAGUCGACAGGAAGGCCAAAAGUGAUAGGCUCCCCCGAGGAGCUACAGCAGCUGAGAAUGACCGUCACGAGGCAAGACAACACCAUCGCAGCUCUCAGGCAGGAAAUAAAUGCCCUUCGCAGCAAGACGGGUUGUGUGAUCCUUCCAGGACAGCAGCCUCAGCUUCCAGCCCAGCUGUGCACGUCCAGCCCUCCAACCACACAGCGACCUUGGUCACAAGACUCUCACUCACACAGAGACCUCGACUCAACUGAAACAAAGCUAUCAGACAAAACAUCUCAUCCUCUGCCUGAGCCAGAGUUUACUGAGGCUACAGAUGAUGAACAUGGGGUUACGGAGGGUGGUGUUGACGUUGAGAGUAUCGUAGAGAUAUGUGAUGAGGACAGUGAUACCAGUAUGUUAUCAGAUGUAUCUGAUACUUAAAGGUGUUCAAGUUUUGUAAGACAUCGUCAAAUUCAAAAGUUUAAUUUAUAGUACAGUUUCCCUACCUUUUGUAUAUUUACCAGUAUAUAUAAAUCAUCCGGCUAUAACGAUCUACCGAUUAACCGAGGAAAAAUUAAAUGCCAGUUAUGAUGCUAGAGGGAGAGAGGUUCGUUUAAUGAUUUGCAAGGACGAUUAUUGCAACAUUCUUUUCACUGACUUUGAACGUUAAGCUGCGCUAAGUUGGGGCAAAUUCACUUUUCCUAGUGAGGAAGAUAUUAUGAAAUACAUAAGUUGCUCUGCCAACUAUCAGGACAUCCUAUACAUGACACAGACUACAUGAGCGAUGCAACUGAAGAGCUCCCUAAUUCCUUCUCAUUCCUAUAGUCAGUCAACAAAAUGCAGUUUGCCUAAUAUCUCUAUCUUUCUGCUUGUGUAAAAUAUUUGAGAGGAUGGUACUGAAUAAUAAUGACAUAUAGAUGACUCGUGUACAGACCACAGUACAGGUGGAAUUUAAACCCAUGGUGAGUCGUAAACCUCAGGGCAGGAUGCAUUGACCUGUAGUUUUACGAUUCCUUCGCUGUGGGAUUCUAACCCCACCCGUAGUACCGUGGUUCGUUUGCAAUCGUGUUAUUACGAUUUCGUGAGUCCUAUACAGAGAUUGAAGCACACAUCAACAACUGACCUUCCACCCAUCAAGCUGAAAUGUUUGAUAUAUUCCUUGCACUCAAGUGGGUUCAUGUAUUUAAAACUGACACGUUCAUUGCAAUUGAUUCUUUAUCGUCUGUAAAUAUUCCUAACUCAGUGAGUGUCAGUUUUAACAUGGUCGCGUCAGAAGCCAGACAGGUAUUGUAAAAUUGUAGACAGAGAAAACAAGGUACACCUUUUUGUGAAUUCCCCUCACAUACUGACCUAUAAGUACAUGGUAGU